UUUAAAUUUCAUCAAUUCAAUUUUCUUUGCAUUUUCCAAAAUUUUAUUAGUAUGCGGUCCCCAAAUCUUUGUUUUGAUUUUUUUUUCUUGAUUGUUUUUAAUUUUUUGGGUUCAAUUUAAUUUCUUUUGGCAAUUUUGAGGUUUCGAUAAUGUUGACUUCUUUUGCUCGACCUUCAAUCCUUACACCUUUACGUAAUGGAUUAGUACCUGUUAUUGGUUCAUCUUUAUCACGAAAUUUGAGUACAACAAAUUCAAAUAUGUGUUACCAGUAUGUCCAUAAAGGUCUUGAUGAACCUCAAUGGGAAGAUAGGUUUAGAUCAGAAACAAGUAAAACCAUGGUAGGAGAUUUCUUAGCUGCUGGAUCGACUUUACUUGGUACAAUUUUUCGUGAAUCUUGUACAAUUAAUUAUCCCUUUGAAAAGGGACCUUUAAGCCCAAGAUUUAGAGGUGAACAUGCAUUGAGAAGAUACCCUUCAGGUGAGGAAAGAUGCAUCGCCUGUAAACUAUGUGAAGCCAUUUGUCCAGCCCAAGCGAUUACAAUUGAAGCGGAAGAAAGGCCUGACGGUAGUCGGCGAACCACUCGUUACGACAUUGACAUGACCAAAUGUAUCUACUGUGGAUUCUGUCAAGAAGCUUGUCCAGUUGAUGCAAUUGUCGAAGGCCCUAACUUUGAAUAUGCCACCGAGACACACGAAGAGCUAUUAUACAAUAAGGAGAAAUUGUUGAAUAAUGGUGACCAAUGGGAACCCGAAAUAGCGGCCAACAUUCAAGCCGAUCAUUUAUACAGAUAAAUUAACAAUCAAAUUCCUCUAUUACAAUUGUAAAGAAAUACGUUACUAGUUGAAACUUUGGUUCUUAGAGUGUCAAUUAAAAUUGAACAUAAUGUAAUUGA